GGCGGCGGUGGUGGUGGUGGUGGUGGUGGCAGGAGCGAGGUUAAGGUUAGGGCUCGCUCCGAUUCAUACUGAAUACAAACCCCCUCGGCAUGAAAGGAGGAAGCCGGAGGGGGACGGGAGAGAAAAAGGAGGAAAACUAGGAAGGUUGAGCAAAUUCGAGCGGGUGCGGGGAACCCAGGGUUAAACCGAAUGGUUCCCUCACGCUCGCACACACCCCCACCUCCGCGGGAGGGAAGGAGCGGCGGCGGCGCGUGCGCCCGCGCCUGCGCCGGGGCAGCGGGGAGACAGCGCGUGGGGCGGUUGGGGCUAGCGGCUGGCUGCGCGAGCGCGCGCCCGGGCACCCGGGUGGACCUUCCCGGGAGGCCAGACGCGUCCCCACCGGGCGGAGCGGCCACAGGCCCUGGGUUUGUGCGCUGCUGCCUGCUCCAUCCACUUUUAGUUUUGUUAUUUUUUUUAGAUCUAGACGACAAGGGAGCAAAACUAAACUUGAUAUCUUAUCGUACGCUUGGUCCUUUCCAGUGGUAAAGGUCCCCCAACGCGGCCACCUGUCCCAAGCGUCUGCCCGAGACGCACACGCUGGGCUCGUCGGAGCGCAUCCCUAUAUUCCAGGGGAAUCCUUCCUUCCCUGGAUGCGCUCCAGCUCAGAGCCUCGCCCUACUCCUGAACCCUCUCUGCAGAGGUCACCGAACAGGGGCGCCAGCCGGGGUGGGGGGACACGGGCGGGACUCUUUUCAAGGCGGAAGAAUACUAAAAGUACCGAGGGUGGCAACUUUUACAAGAAGGGGAAAGUCCCUUCUGCUUUGGGCCCAUUGGGCUUUUCUUUUUUCCUUUCCCAGUAAAACUUUGGCCGAGUACUUGUGUGCGUUCAGCUCACUGUCCGCCCCGGGGGCUGGGCUGGGGGAGGGCGGGGACGGAGUCACUCGGGACCCUCGCCGCCGAGGGGCUCGGCUGCUUCCGGCCCGUCGGAGGAGGGGCGCCAGGGUUUGAAGCCCCUCCUGGUGUGAGGACUGAGUCGGCCGCGCCUCUGGAGGCCUGCUGGGGAAGCUCCCCACGCCCCCCGAGCCCGGGUUCUUGGACAGCCGCGUGGCUGAGUCACGGGCGGGGCUGCGCUGGGGCACGUGGCGGCGCUCUACGCCCGCCAUCCCCUGACCUCUGGCCGGCGCGCCUCCCGCCCCGGGUGGAAAAGUCCCGCAGGGAGCGGCGGGAGAUAAGGGGAGGAGGGGGGUAAAGGGACGGGACUGGGACACGGCGAGGAGGGCGACCCCGAGGGGGAGGGCCGGCCGCCCAGUGAGUCACCCGCUCCAGCGCCGGCCGGCCGGCCGGCGGGUGGGUGAGAAGCCGAGGCGCCCCGGGACCCGCCAAGCGGAGAGUUACCGGGUGCAGAGACUGACUUUUCCUGCAGUGCUGCCAAUGGAUGGACAGAGCGGCCGCCACAGUGUCAUCCCCUUCUAGAGUCCAUUCAUGGCUUUUUUCCCCCCACUCGUGAUAUAACACCAUUCUUUGAUAAAGCAACGCUGGAGCUCUGAAGCGCGAACAGUCGGUGGCGGGGAAAGGCUCCUGGCCACUGGUCUUCGGGCUGGGCCCUAAGUGCUGCCCCAGCACUAUCUGCCGGGCGCCGAGCCAGUCAGUGCUCAGUGCCGGUCUAUAUUGGUCUCCUGGCCUCUCUCCUCGCCCUUCGCUGGCCAAGAGAGGGUAGGGUGGUGGAGUGGUGCGGAAAUGGCCAUGAUGGGGACCCUGAGAGGUGAAAGCGCCCGCCUUCUUUGGCGGAGGGGUGUCAACUUUAGACCACAGAGCUUGCUCAGCAUCACUGAUUCCUUCCCCCAACGGUGUGGCCUGCACUGCCUGCCUCCAAUCAUGGCCAUGCAAAAAAUCUUCGCCCGAGAAAUCCUGGACUCCAGGGGUAACCCCACAGUGGAGGUGGACCUGCACACCGCCAAGGGUCGAUUCCGAGCGGCUGUGCCCAGUGGAGCCUCCACGGGUAUCUAUGAAGCGCUGGAAUUAAGAGAUGGAGAUAAAUCCCGCUAUCUGGGGAAAGGAGUGCUGAAGGCUGUGGAGCACAUCAACAAGACCCUAGGCCCUGCACUGCUGGAGAAGAAACUAAGUGUUGUGGAUCAAGAAAAAGUUGACAAAUUUAUGAUUGAGCUGGACGGGACAGAGAAUAAGUCCAAGUUUGGGGCCAAUGCCAUCCUGGGUGUGUCCUUGGCUGUGUGUAAGGCGGGAGCAGCUGAGAAAGGGGUUCCUCUCUACCGACACAUCGCAGAUCUUGCAGGGAAUCCUGAUCUUGUACUUCCUGUGCCUGCCUUCAACGUGAUCAAUGGGGGCUCUCAUGCUGGAAACAAGCUGGCCAUGCAGGAGUUCAUGAUUCUGCCCGUGGGAGCCAGCUCUUUCAAAGAAGCCAUGCGCAUUGGCGCUGAGGUCUACCACCACCUCAAGGGGGUCAUCAAGGCCAAGUAUGGGAAGGACGCCACCAAUGUGGGGGACGAGGGCGGCUUUGCACCCAACAUCCUGGAGAACAAUGAGGCUCUGGAUUUGCUAAAGACAGCCAUUCAGGCAGCUGGUUACCCAGACAAGGUGGUAAUUGGCAUGGAUGUGGCAGCAUCUGAAUUCUACCGCAAUGGGAAGUAUGAUCUGGACUUCAAGUCACCUGACGACCCUGCACGGCACAUCAGUGGGGAGAAGCUUGGGGAGCUGUACAAGAGCUUCAUCAAGAACUAUCCUGUGGUCUCCAUUGAAGACCCCUUUGACCAGGAUGACUGGGCCACAUGGACCUCAUUCCUCUCCGGAGUGGAUAUCCAGAUUGUGGGAGAUGACCUUACAGUCACCAACCCCAAGAGGAUCGCUCAGGCUGUUGAGAAGAAGGCCUGCAAUUGCCUGCUACUGAAGGUCAACCAGAUUGGCUCAGUGACAGAAUCCAUCCAGGCCUGCAAACUGGCACAGUCUAAUGGCUGGGGGGUGAUGGUGAGCCACCGCUCUGGGGAGACUGAAGACACUUUCAUUGCUGACCUCGUGGUGGGACUCUGCACAGGACAGAUCAAGACUGGUGCUCCAUGUCGUUCAGAGCGUUUGGCCAAAUACAACCAGCUUAUGAGGAUUGAGGAGGCUCUUGGAGACAAAGCUGUCUUCGCUGGACGGAAGUUCCGUAAUCCAAAGGCCAAAUGAGAAGCUGGAGGCUCUGGUACACCAAGGAACAGACACAGGCCCUCAAGCCCUUCUCCCUCAAAUAAAUACUGCCAAACAAGA